GCCCGCUGCCGGCCGCUUCUGCGGGAUGCUGCGCUCCACGUCCACCGUCACCCUGCUCUCGGGCGGCGGCACCAGGGCGCCCGGGGCGCCCAGCAGGAGGGCAAAUGUCUGCAGACUACGGCUGACUGUCCCUCCCGAGAACCCAGUUUCUGAGCAAAGUGAAAAGAAGAUUGAAAGAAAAGAGCAAUAUCCUGACCUAAGCAAUGGAGAACCAACCAGGAAACUUCCUCAGGGCGUUGUCUAUGGCGUGGUGCGAAGAUCAGAUCAAAAUCAGCAGAAGGAAAUGGUGGUGUAUGGGUGGUCCACCAAUCAGCUGAAAGAAGAGAUGAAUUACAUCAAAGAUGUGAGAGCCACUUUGGAAAAAGUAAGGAAGCGAAUGUACGGAGACUAUGAUGAAAUGAGACAGAAGAUUCGACAGCUCGCCCAGGAACUGUCAAUUUCACAGGCUCAGCAGGACUAUCUAGAGAAUCACAUCCAGACACAGUCGUCAGCCCUGGAUAAUUUUAAUGCCGUGAACUCAGCUUUGGCGUCGGACUCCAUUGACCUGCAGAAAACCCUUGUGGAUGUUACUUUGGAAAAUAGCAACAUCAAGGAUCAAAUCCGAAAUUUGCAGCAGACAUAUGAAGCAUCCAUGGACAAACUUCGGGAAAAGCAGAGGCAGUUAGAUGUGGCGCAAGUGGAAAACAGGCUGCUGAAGAUGAAGGUGGAAGCCUGCCAGGAAGCCAAUGCCGAGGUGAUGAGAGAGAUGACCAAGAAGCUGUACAGCCAGUAUGAAGCAAAGCUGCAUGAAGAGCAGCAGAAGCACAAUGCCGAGAAGGAGGCUCUCCUGGAAGAAACCAAUAGUUUUCUGAAAGCGAUUGAAGAAGCCAAUAAGAAGAUGCAAGCAGCAGAGAUCAGCCUACAAGAGAAAGACCAGAGGAUUGGAGAGCUGGACAGGCUGAUUGAGCGCAUGGAAAAGGAACGCCAUCAACUACAACUACAGCUCCUAGAGCACGAAACAGAAAUGUCAGGGGAAAUAACUGAUUCUGACAAGGAAAGGUAUCAGCAGCUGGAGGAGGCGUCCGCCAGCCUCCGUGAACGGAUCAGACACCUAGACGACAUGGUGCAUUGCCAGCAGAAGAAGGUCAAGCAGAUGGUUGAGGAGAUCAUGUCACACGAGCUCUUCUCCAGAUUUAGUCUCCGGCUCUUUGGAAGAUGAUAAAUGGUAGCCUGCUCUGGGUUGGAAGCGAUUCCUUUUAUUGUUCGUGAUUAGAAGAACACUUGUACUCUCUCUGCUGGGAAGAGGUGGCAUGUAUCUGUGAGGAGCUGAUGAACAAAACAGGAAGGACAUGCUAUUGAAAGGAAAAUUUGACCAUGUAGGGCAAAUUGUGAAAACACCCACAUACUGUAACCUCAACUUGUCCAGCCUCACACUGCAGAGUCAAGAGAACUCAAAGAUCCACAGAGUAUUGUUAGAAACUUGGGUUCCUAGACAUCAAAGAAGGAACUGCAAUGGAAAAUGGUACGAAAAAAUAAUUCAGAAAGUGCCAGAUGGAGGCUGGUCUUAAGAUCCUGGAAAAUGGAGCCUUACUUUUGGAAAAGCUGCCAAGGAUGCCUGCUAAGGAGAUGGGACGUGGGCUUGAAGAACUCCAGUGCUCCAGGAAGGAAGUUCUCCCCACCAGAUCACACCCCAGAAAAUACAGAAGCAGCCAAGUGUCCAUGUAGUUUGCUUAUAUUUGUAUGUGAGAGGUGGCCCUGAGGGUGUCCUUUCUGAAUGGAGAUCAACAGCAUUAGUCCACUUAGCACUCUUCUUGUUUGUUUAAGAAACUUCCAUUUGGUUUGCUUCCAUUACCAUGGGCAUUUUGCCUGAACAGACAGUUCAACUAAGUUCAUGAGAAGGAGAAGUAUAUCUGAUGAAAAGAGAAAUGUAUUUGUCUGAAAUACAUAGAAGUGAAAUAUGUUUCAUGCAUGCUUUAUGUUUAUAGAGGUCUUCUUGAGACAGCCACAGGUGCUGGUAUCUCUUCAAAACUUAACAGUGUUGCUGAAAACUAGUAGCAGUAGCAGCAGCAGCAGUGGUAGUCAUAGUCAGUGGUGGUGUUAGCCUACAUAAGCUAGUCGACUGGGCUAAUGGAGGGAGUUCUUUGAUGGCCGGGUGUCACUUAGAUGGUGGGUGGUUCUCCACUCCCACCACCUCUCCAUGGCAAAGUGGGCAGGUAGAUGCUUUCUUGUCAGUAGUUGUCUUUGGUUUUUCAUUUAGAUGCUUCUGCCCAGCUUAAGCAUGUAGGCAGUGGAUGGGAAAGGAAGCAGAUGAAUAUUUUUUAUGUUAGUAAUGAACUGUUAAUGCAGUUUACCUAUGUUGGUGUUCUGUUUAAAUGCAGAUCCCCAGAUACUCUGCUGGGUAUCCAGACUUCCGCUAGGGAGAUUUGAGUCAGAUUUGAGAAUCGAUGAUGUAGAUGUCGCUUUGGCAUACUGAGCUACUCUGUUUCUAGCGGUACCUUUACUGCCCUCAUGCUUUUAUAAGUCUCUGGUGGAAAAGUUACUGGUGUUUGUUCUAGUGGAAUAGAUUCAUUACCCAGCUUCAAAAAAUGAAAUAAUAUGAAACAAGGGAAUGUAAUGACAUGUAGAGAAAAUGGGUCACCCAUGUGGGCCUCUCUCCCGGGGCAGUGUGCUCUCCCCCUGCCCUUGGAGUUUCUUCUCUCUUUUGGGCUAUGGACAGUACCCAGAGGCCAGAUAGACCUUAUUUUAUGGGGCAGAGAGUGAGUGAGGUGCCUGGGGAGUCUGCAGGACCCUGAGAGUGACUCCAAAAUUUGAUGCCCUAGGCGCCUCAUGCACCUCCCCCAGCCAUGGCCCUGCGGCCUAGGCUAGUUGGUGAUCUCCUUAGAUCUGGGCCCCUUACCUGACAGAGCCUCCCUCGACUUGCCCCUCCCUGCCUAUACUGGUGCCCCUCAAUUCACCUUUUCCUGCCAGGACUGUGAUAUGGUAUGAACUUGACUUAUUGCUUGUCAAACCUGAGUUAGGUGUUCAAAUCCUGCCCCCUACCCUAACCCCCUCUGCCUCUCCCCCACCUUAACUGGUCAUUAGCCUUGGGCUCUUAAAGCUCGAAUUCUCUCUCAUGACCACUCACACCCCCCACCCAAAGGAGGUGCUACUCAAAAGUUUAAGGCAGAAUUUAUUUAUAGUAAAUGAAAAUGUUCUUGUUUCAAAUUCUAGUAUUUAACAUUGUAUUAUUCCCUUCUUUAUUUUAAAAUCUUAGACGCUUUAUCUAAAAUGUGAAGUUUUUAGGAGGUAUCAGAAAGCUCAUGUGUAUGUAAACCUUUUAUUCUAUGCAUUAUAGAAAUAUUACAGGUUCGUUGUAUGACAUGUACUGAUUAAUGUAUUCAUGAUACAAAUUAUCCUUUCAAGAGAGGUCUUUCCUUUGUAAAUGUCACUGAACUACUUUCUGUUUGUUGAGAUUGUUUCUAAUUGGCGCUGAAAUAUUUCUCAGAGCUGGGUGCCCAUGUUCUGCCCAUAGAGAGUAUGUGAGUCUGUGCUCCUGUUCCAAGGAGCUACCAGCGGUUGACUGUUGCUCAUGUUUCAAGGCUGUGCAUCUAGACCUCACAUUCCCACUGUAACCCUCUGUGGGAAGUAUUAUUAGCACAAUUUUUUUUAGCACAGGGAACUAAGACUUAGAGUCUUAAAAAAUAAGUAGCCGGCAGUUUCUCAAUAAAUGAUGGUGGUGCUGCGUCCACACUCAGAUCUUUGACUCCAAAGCCAUCAUUCAUUCUUUGCGUCUCAUUGUUUUUUAUUGGAAAAAAAUUUUAAAUACGGAAAAUUAUAGAGAAUGAUAAAAACAAAAACCCAUGUACUCUCCUCUAGACUUGACAAAUGUUAACGUUUUGGCAUAUUUCAGAUUUUUUUCUAAAUAAAAGAAAACAUUACAGACAAGGAAGAAGUUCUCUUUUUACUCCUCCACGGUUCUUAUCUUUUUCCUUCUCCCCCCCUCCCUCCCUCAUCAGAGGCAAUUUGGUCUCUAUCCAGGCCAUGUUUCAAUGCUCUUAUACGUACAGAUGUAUCUAUUAUCAGUGUG